GACACCGUUUUGAAAACCAAUAUGAAAACGAAUCACUUUCUCGGGAAAAUAUUUUCCCAGAGGUGAGAAAAUCCAAUAGAGAGAGAGAUAGAAUGGCAUCAACGGAGGGAUUUGUGGAAGCAGACAACGCGGAGGCGAUAAUCACGAGAAUCGAGCACAAAUCUCGAAAGAUCGAAAGCCUACUCAAACAGUCUAAACCAGUCGAAGCUUUGAAAACUGCUCUCGAAGGCUCGCCUCCCAAGACCCGAGACGAACGUUGCAAGUCGGCGAAUUGGAUAGUAGUGCAUAGAGCUCUAAUGGCAAUAAAGGAUGUGGAGGGAUUGCUUUCUUCUUUGGAUGCUGAGUACUAUGAUAUCCUCAUGAAGUACUUGUAUAGAGGGUUGUCUACUGGAGAUCGUCCCACAUGUGACCAAUGCCUUCGGAUCCAUGAAAAACUGACAGAGAGAGCUGGUUUGGGAUGCAUACUACGUUGCCUUGCUGACACUGUGAAUACAGUUUAAUUUUCCCACACCUUACAUCAAUAAAGUUAAUGUUGUGAAGAAUUUGUCUGUUCUCAUUUGUUCUUAUCCUCUCACACAUGUAUGCCAAACUACAGCUUACGAUGCUAUGUUACACUGGUAGUUAUGCUGUCAAAGUAUAAAUCUUUGGACUUUAAUUGUUAGAGUUUAUGGAAAAUCAUGCAGAAUCAAUUCUAUCUCUGGCGUAAAAUAUGUACCCGUUUCAAAGAUUCUGUGACUAAAGUUUAUCAUUUGAUUUA